AUGAGGCUGAAGGUGAAACUAAAGUCCAAGAAACGCCAGGCUUCAAAGCUGUCGGCGACCCAUUGCAUCUCCUAUUUAAUCGUGAUGGUGUGUCAGUACAACAUGUUCUCAAUAUGGAAACAACAUGAUGGACCAGGCUUUGUCCAUCGUGAAUUGUUCGGCAUUCCUCAACGUAUAAAGCAAAUUAAUUACUGCUCUUCGCGAUUCAAUACCGCAAACUUGUCCCAUCCGCAUCUUGGUGCAAGGGACAAGUCUGGCCGCCUUGGUUGCGUGGUCAACUUGGAUUUCCUCAUGGAGAGAAUGGAGGAGUUGCCGGCUAUUGACUCAUCCAACACCUCCAUUUGCACGCCAAAUGAUGCUUCUGGAAUCGAAGGAGAAGGCGGAAACCUUGUGCUAAAAAAGAUUCGGAAAGGUCUUGAUCAAAUGCGUCAAGAGAACAACGUGGCGGAAGGGAAGGUUCCACAACUACAGGCAACUACGUCGGCUAACAACAAGACUACCCCUCGAAUUCUUUGCAUGGUGUACACGGUACACACUGAGUCCAAUCCUCAUACAAGCCUCAGAGCAAUUACCCGGACGUGGGCCAAAAGAUGUGAUGGCUUCUUUGCCGCGAGCAAUUUCACAGACCCUACCAUUGGGGCUAUUGAUCUGCCCCAUUUCGGUGAAGAAAGUUACACCAACAUGUGGCAAAAAGUGCGAACCAUGUGGUCCUAUGCGUACGACCACUACCGUGACAAAUACGAUUACUUUUAUAUUUGUGGUGAUGAUACAUAUGUCAUAGCAGAUAACUUGCGAGCCUUUGUACAAGACUCUAGGAUUGAGGAGCUGGAAGAUGGGUUCCUGGAUGCGAUUUCCAGCUUGCCACAGUAUCGAGCACGCGCCCUUCACACUUCGUCGUUGCGGCCUAGACCUUUGAUUUGGGGUGAUCCUAUGAUUCACAAACGCUUUCCAGUGAUAGCGGGUGGAGGUGGGUACAUAUUGAAUCGGGCCGCAAUCGACUUCUGGGGAACAAAAGGGAUGGACACCUUUUAUGCUGAGUCUAUUGAUUCCAGAGAAGAUAUAAUGAUGUCCUCAUUCUUUUGGGACAAUGGUCUUAGCGUAUCAGAGACUGUCGAUGUAUUGGGUGGGCAUCGUUUUACAGAGUCAGCAGAGUGGAUACAUGGAUUUGAUGGAUACAGUGCACCAACCUCACCCAAAUACAUGAAAGAGUUUCUUGAUAUGGUAUACAACAAAGGAAUAGAGUAUGCUUCCGACACACACGUGUCUUUCCAUCUGAAGAUAGAUAUCGAACGGUUGCAACAAACGGGCCAUACUGUUGCUGAUCUGAUACAGAGAUAUCAUGCCCUUUUGUAUCGCCUCUGCGGUUGA